UGCCUCUCUUUGUCAUCUCCGACUCCGACGCCUUCAAACAGCCGGCGAAAGGCAUCCUCAUAGGCAACAUUGAUGAACUAUGGUCAUGGCCCUAAGUCCGAUGCCGGUUCCGGACAUGAUGGGAAUUCUCAGAGGGCCUUGGUCAGCGCGCCAUCUAUCCGUCCAAGAUAAAAGUGAGCUUUAACCUCGUGGUUCGAAUACAUAAUCAGAAGCAGGCAGCAUACACUUGGUGGCUUAGAUAUCAUUGACUCUUUCCGCGUCAAGACACACUCACACAUACUCACAUACUCACACACUCACACACUCACACACUCACUCUCACACUCUCAACCAUCGAAGUCUCACAUCGAUCAGUCAAAAUCAUUAUACCAUGGCAUUCCUCCCACCCACCCCUCCCAAGAGCCUGCUUGGCAGACACCGCCUGUUGGCACCGUCGGCUUCCAUCCGCGUGAGCCCGCUCUGUCUGGGAGGCAUGAGCAUCGGCGAUGCUUGGGGCAUGAUCAUGGGCGAUCUGACCAAAGACAAGGCAUUCGAACUCUUGGAUGCCUUCUACGACCUGGGCGGCAACUUCAUUGACACCGCCAACAACUACCACAGCGGCCAGAGUGAGCAGUGGAUCGGCGAGUGGAUGCAGAAGACCCCCGGUCGUCGAUCGGAGAUGGUCAUCGCCACCAAGUACACCAUGAGCAACAAGGGCGGCCACCCGGUUCAGCAGAGCAACUUCGGCGGCACCGGUUCCAAGAGUCUGCACCUGUCCAUCCGCAGCAGCUUGGAGGCUCUGCAGACCGACUACGUCGACAUUCUGUACGUCCACGCGUGGGACUACGCCACCGAGAUCCCGGAGCUCAUGCACUCCCUCAACGCGCUCGUCAACCAGGGCAAGGUCCUGUACCUGGGCAUCAGCGACGCGCCGGCCUGGAUGGUCACCAAGGCCAACAUGUACGCGCGCCAGAACGGCCUCCGCCCCUUCUCCGUCUACCAGGGCCGCUACUCGGCGCAGGAGCGUGACCUGGAGCGCGAGGUCAUCCCCAUGUGCAGGGAGGAGGGCAUGGCCCUGAUGCCGUUUGGUGUCCUCGGCGGCGGCCUCUUCAAGUCGCCCGACGCCAUCGCGGAGGAGGGCGGCCGCAACGUGCCCCCGCCGCUGCGGGUUGGUCGCGAGGAGGCCAUCUCAAAGGUGCUUGACGCCGUCGCGAAGCGCCACAGCGUGCCCGUCACGAGUGUUGCCCUGGCCUACGCGCUGCAAAAGUCUCCCAAUGUGUUCCCCAUCCUGGGUGGCCGCAAGGUGGAGCACCUCAAGGCCAACGUGGAGGCACUGAGCUUGGAGUUGACCCCCGAGGAUGUGCAGGAGAUAGAGAAGGGCUACGCGUUCGACAUUGGCUUCCCGCACAACUUCAUGAGCUUGACGGGCAACAUGAUCACUGGUCCGCAUGAUGUCAACAUUCUGCCCUCGAUGGGCCACUUUGAUUAUGUUGCGCCCUCAAAGGCCAUCAAGGCUCACAAGGGCGAGCUGACUGCUCCCUGGCAGGCAUAAGGGUUAAUAUAGCGUAUAGAACCAAGAUUAAAACUAAAAAUACCAAGACGUGUUUCAAUUAAAA